AUGGUUGCAUUAACUUCCCAUGGAGUGGUGUCUUCGGAGGAGCUUAGUUUGAUCGUCUCCAAGUUAUCACUUACUACAGUAGCAUCCCUUAACUCAGAAGAAGAAGCUAAAAGACAGGCUUGUCUGAUAGCAGCUGCCUCAACGGAGAAACUGGACCCAGCCGAGACCCUUUUAGCAAUGUCAUCCACAAUCAGCUCACGUGAGUCAUGGAGAAUCACCCCUAUAGCAGCAGCACCAUGCUUGAAAGCACCAUCACAACGCAGAGUAGGAGCAAGAUUAUGGCCAGGAGGAUGUCAAGGGGGCAGCUCGGCAUUGGAGGACAGUGUCAUUUUAGCUAGGUGUCUUGCAGAAACUUUCUCCACAAAGCUAAGAGGAGAAAUCAAAGAGGAAGAAUAUGAAGAGAAGAAUAUGAAAGGAUCAACAAGGGUUUGA